UUCUUGUUUCCGCGCCAUUUUUGUCUUUCGUAUUUCAGCACGGUGUAUUUCAGCUUGCGGCAUCUUUUCGUUGUUUCAUUUAAUUUGCGAUCGGGUACGUCUGACAGAGGUGGUGGCUCCGACGUUGAAAGGGACUAGCGAAACAUGAGUAAGAAAUUCACGGUCGUGAAGUUCGGGAAUGACACCGUCGAAUUCGUGCCAACGAAGUGGAUAGUUGCUGGAAGGAUGUGUUUGUGGCCAACAAACAAACCAAAUUCAAAGAUAUUGGAGAUGGUAAAAGAACUGUGCGAGCCGGAGGCCGACUGGGAUAUUUGUCCUUGCGAGUGCAUGGCGUCCUUCAACAGCUUCAAGAAGGCAAAGAAAAACGCAAGGGACGCGGAAUACACGUCGCACCUCGAGUCUGAAUCCAGCGAAGGAGAGGAUACUGGUGCAGUUAACGCAAGUCAACCAAGGAAGAGAAUCAGACUACCAUCACCAUCCAGAGACAUGGAAAGUGCACCUUCUAGCCCUGUUAAUGCAAGUCAGCCAACAAAGAGCAUGAGAUUACCAUCACCACCCAGAAACAUGGAAAGUGCAUCUUCUAGCCCUGUAUCACAGCCUUCAAGCAGUGGGAGCAGGCAGGAUGCAUUAUCCCUAGGACACAGCUCACGUACCUCUACCUCAGGACGUAGCAACAGCGCAAUUCACACAGAAGCGCUGGAUGCUGAAGGGAAUCUUACACGGUCACGUGCUCAUCAACUGCUCAGCAGCAGCUAGCUCGUGCCCCGGUACUUUCUUCUCUGAUACACAGUGACAUUUGUGUGUCCCUGCUGCAGUUUUCUUUUGAGAGAAAGACUCUCAAAAUGUUAAUUGAACUAAAGGCAGCGGUGCGAGACCUUAGGGCUGCAGUAGCAGAAUGCAGGUGUAAUAUGGGGACAGCAGCACUGGAGGAGACCAGUGGUUUGCUCGGGGAUAUUCUGCCAGAGCCACUUUCCACCUGUGAAGAGUGGGAAGAAUUAGAGAGCAAGCUAGAGGACAAUAGUACAAGGAGGAACCUUGCGGAUAGACUAGCAGUCCUGGGUGGUGCAAAUCUCAAUGAUGUGGUGCGUGUCAUAAUGGAAACAUGCACCAAGAAAUCACUGCAGCAGAAGAUUACGGUUGAGGGCCGGAAUGGAAAGCGAUCCUUCAAGGGCACACGCCUUUUUGACUGUGUCCUCACUGCCGUCCAUAAGCGGAUGGACACCCUCAAAGUCCCUGUAACGGACAAAGAGGUCACUGCCCGUGUGGGACGAUACUUGACCUGCGCAGGUGACAGGGAAGGCGGAAGGAAACAAAGAGCUGUGAGGCAUUAAAGCGGUGUGCUUAUUUGCUGGAAGUUGCAGUUCACAAGAGGUGCCCUGCUCACAAGAAGGCUGAGAGGGGACAGGUACAGAACAGAAUUCAAAUAAAUGUUUAUUCAC